UGGGGAGGCGUGCCGGCGGCCCCCUGAGGCGCACACGUGGGAGAAGAGAGCUGUCAGCAAGUAAUUGGGAUUCCAGCCAUGGAGCCCAACGGCUGCAAAUUGAUGGAAGCUUCGAAAGAUCUCUCGGAGCAGGUCACGGCCUACGGCCUUUUGUGGAACCUCAGAUUCCUGAUGAGAAACGUUGCUUUGGGUGGUGGUCUACUGUUCCUCUUAGCAGAGAGCCGGACAGAAGGGAAAUGUGCCUUUGCUGGCGUCCCUACCUUGGAUGGCACCUCCCCCCAACACUACAUUCGGCUGGGAGGAAGAAUUCUUCUCCUCCUCAUGUUCAUCUCACUCCUGCACUUUGAAGUGAAUGUGUUUGCAAUCUUCCAAGAUGUCUUCAACAUGGUUCUCAUCAUCCUGGUGGCCAUUGGGCUCAAAACAAAACUCGCUGCCCUCACUCUUGUGAUCUGGCUGCUCCUCAGCAACCUGUUAGAGAAUCCAUUUUGGACCAUCCCCGCCAACAGGCCCCUCCAUGAUUUUAUGAAGUAUGACUUCUUCCACACUAUGUCUGUAAUGGGAGGCCUUCUCUUGGUGGUAGCCCUUGGACCUGGAGAAGUGUCAAUGGAUAAACACAAGAAGAAGUGGUAAAUAUCGCAGCAAAAUAAGAGAAAAGAAGGAAAGAGAUGGAUUUAUUACCUUCUUGGCCUUGAACUCCCUCCUUAGGAAGCUGAGGAGAGUGUGCCCCCUGCCCCCCCUCCAUCUACUCACAUGUCUUCCAGAUGUCUCUUGUUCCUUUCCCUGGGCCAGACAGAGACAUGUAUAAAG